AUGCGUGAUUUAUUUUUUGAAUGGCAUGAUUUAAUUCGUCGACGAAAUAAAUUAAAUCGAUCAUAUUCAAUUGAUUUGUUAUUAAAUGAAAAAAUUCCUCGACGAACAGAUGAAAUUGUUUCAUCAAAAUCAACAGAUUCAAUAUUUUGCUCAAUGUCAGAUAAAAGUUCAAGAUUUAUUAAAGAUUUUUUUCAUUAUUUUAUUCCAUCAAAAUCAAAAAUUUUAACAAAUAAUAAUCUUUCAACUCCAUAUCUUUUAAAUGAAAAAGAUGAAAAUGGAAAUAAGAAUAAAUUCAAUGAAAAAAGUUUAUUAAUAAAAAGAAAAUUAAUUCAACGUGAACAAAUUCUUAAAAAACUUAAACAAAAACUAACUCAAGUUGAUCAACAACUUUUAUUAUUUCAUAAAUCAUUACAAGAAGAUUCUUCUUUGUCUUCUUCACAUUCAUCACCUUCGCCUUAUUUAUCUUUAUAUGCCUUAGAACUUUUGUGA